AUGGCCAUGGCCGCGCGGCCACAGACACCCGUGCAGGAUGCAUACUCGAUCCCGAGCGCUCAUGACCCGAGUCUUCUGAGUCGCGGAUACGGCACCCUUCGCACCUCCUCUCGACCGAACUCCUACGCCGGAAAUAGCUCUACCUUCCAUUAUAGUCACGGUACUCCCGAGCAGUCGUCGCAGAUCCCUUACAAUCCCCGGUUCAAAGAAGAACUCGACUCCGUUAGCCACCGCAGCUCCAUCGCACUGGAUCGCCCGGCCUCCCUCGUGCAACGCUCAGCUUCAACGGCCUCCCAGGCCCGCUCAGCUACCCCGACUCGCCAGGGAACUUUGCGUAAAAAGGCCUCCCUGAGUAAGAAGGGGAGCUUGCGACGCAAUGGCAGUCGACGAUCGCUUGGCGCGGGGAGUGUCAAGAGCCUGAGCCUCGGCGACCGAGAGAAAUAUCCCGAUGGGUCAGAGGAUGUGAAUAGUGCUUUUAUGGUUCCUAUCCCAACAAGCGGAAACCCGACCGAGGUGUUAUCAACUCGUUUCCAAGCUUGGCGCAAGAUCCUGAAGGACUUGAUCCUCUUUUUCAAAGAAGUACAGAAAUCAUACGAGGCCCGAUCGAAGCUUUUCCUAUCCGCGUCAAAUGUCAUCAACAACCAAACUACUCCUUCUGCAUUCUUACAGUCAGGCGGUCUCGCCGAUGCGACAGAGAUGCUGCGCGAUUUCCACCGACAAGGAUACUCCGAAGCCAACAAGGCCGUCGAGGUGGAGGUGGAAGUGAUCAGCCAAUUGACCGGCCUUCGAAGUGAUUUACAAAAGAAGACGAAAGAGAUUAAGAGUCUGUCGGGUGAUUUCAAGAACACCGUCGAGAAGGAAAUUGACGGCACGCGCAAGGCUGUACGGAAUCUGCAUGAAUCCUUAGGUCUGGUUGAUACCGAUCCGUCUGCGACAUCCGGAAAAGGCGAUCCUUUCUUGAUGCGCCUGAAUGUGGAGCGCCAGGUCGAAAAGCAGAUUGAGGAGGAGAAUUACCUACACCGCGCAUACUUGAACCUGGAGAACUCGGGCCGCGAGCUUGAGUCGAUUGUUGUGAGUGAGAUCCAAAAGGCUUACAACGCCUACGCCGGCAUCCUGAAGCGGGAGGCCGACGAGGCCUACGAUACUGUUGAAAAGUUACGUGUGGGUCCGAUCUCCAUGCCUCAGGACCAUGAGUGGAAUACAUUUGUUGCCAAUACCGAUGAACUCGUCGAUCCACGGAUUCCUCCGCGUAACGUGGAGAGCAUCACGUACUCUGGCAAGGAUCACCCCGCGGCGGCUGAAGUACGAGCUGGUAUGCUGGAACGCAAGAGCAAGUACCUGAAGAGCUAUACCCCAGGUUGGUAUGUCUUGUCCCCAACUCACCUCCACGAGUUCAAGUCGGCGGACCGGGUGGCGUGGCAGACUCCAGUCAUGUCUCUAUACCUACCUGAGCAGAAACUGGGUUCCCACUCAAAUGAGGAUUCAAGCUCCCACAAGUUUAUGCUCAAGGGUCGGCAGACCGGUGCCAUGCACCGAGGCCACUCUUGGGUUUUCCGCGCGGAGUCUCACGAAACCAUGAUGUCGUGGUACGAGGACAUUGAGAGCCUCAUUAACAAGACCGGAGAGGCACGGGAUGCUUUUGUCCGACACGCCUCUGUUCGUCGCCACGUGCGUAGUGUGAGUGGCAUGUCGCAUAAUGAGGUCCUAGAAGAUGAUGAGGCCGACCGGACUCCCUACUCAGCAGAAUCCGUGGUGCUGGCCCAAGGACCCCAGGAGCGACCCAUGUCUGCCACUCGCCAGGCCGGUGGUGCGUUCCCCAGCGAUGUUCAGAUUGACCGGAACAUGCAGGAACCGCUUUCUCCCUCCAGCGGAGCAAGCUCAGGUGGCAGAGAUAUAAUUGCUGCCGCUGCAGGAUAUCCAGACAACAAUGCCAUGGCUAGCAAUUCACAAUACUACGACCAGAACGGCUCUGCUGAUCGCCAGUCUCAACGUGUCGCAAGCCAGAGCCCCGAAAACCAGUCUCGGAACCGGAUGAGCCGACACGAUAGCUAUUACGGACAGUGGAUGGGACCGGCACCCAUUAUCGUUGCCAAACAGAGAGAUCAGCGACCCGAAUCUGCGGUUGAUGACCGGGAGGUCCGAUCGGACGGGGACAAUGGUUCCGUGGUUGCAAUGUCCGGGGUGAUCGGUGUUGCAGACCGCCGUGAGAACUCAGCUCCUCCCAACGUCGCUCGUCGUGAGAGUGUCUCCACCGUACCCACCAAUACCAAUCAGACCGAUUAUACCAAUAACACCAUGGCUACCUCCCUUGAUGAAGCUCCAGAGGUCGGCAUCGUCGGCGCUAUUCCCUUCAGAGAUGGUUACGCCGACAAAGGCAUGAACGGCGCCACGACGGGCCCUCCUGACUUUUACCCUCCCCGAAAAGAGAGAAUGGACAGUGUGCUGGCUAUUGACAUGAAGAUUCCCGGCCGUUACCCACCUACCAAUGUGGCGGCAUGA